CCACGCGACACGACCACGUCGGCGAGCGCGUUGCUCCUCCUUUUAUAGAGUUGACAAACCCGGGGGCGUGCACCCAGCACGCCCUCCGAGCCAAUGACGUUGCGGCGUUGGCAGGGGGCGUUCCCUUCGCUCGGGAGCAGAAGUUGAAGAGCGCGAGCCGAGCCAGAACACUGGCAAGGCGGACAGAGGGAGGGCGCAGGCAACGGCCCUCUUCUGGAGGGAGGAGGCGGGGGGGGGCUUAUUAUAACAACUAUAUACGCACAUGUGUGACCUGCUUGGCCGUACUAUAGGUCACAUGUGGGUAACAGUUAAUUUAAAAAAAAAAAAAAAACAACAACAUACAACGGCGGCUUUCCAUUUAAAAUGCCUAUUUUAGUUUUCUUGUUAGACACGUCCGCCUCUAUGAAUCAGCGCACUUAUUUGGGUACGACGUAUCUGGACAUUGCUAAAGGCGCGGUUGAGGUCUUUAUGAAGCUGCGUGCCCGAGACCCGGCUAGUAGAGGCGACAGGUACAUGCUAGUUACAUUCGAUGAUCCACCAUACGGAGUGAAGGCAGGGUGGAAGGAGAACCAUGCCACCUUCAUGUGCGAGCUGAAGAACCUGCAAGCGUCCGGGCUGACGACAUUAGGCCACGCUCUCCGCACAGCCUUUGACCUUCUUAACCUCAACCGCCUCGUCUCAGGCAUUGACAAUUAUGGACAGGGCCGUAACCCUUUCUUCCUCGAGCCAUCUGUUAUCAUCACUAUCACUGAUGGCAACAAACUCACACAUAGCUCCGGGGUCCCAGAUGAGCUGCACCUGCCGCUGAACUCACCUCUGGCAGGCAGCGAGUUGACCAAAGAGCCCUUCCGCUGGGAUCAGAGGUUAUUCGCGCUGGUGCUUCGGCUUCCUGGAGCAGCUACCGCAGACAAUGAGCAGCUUGGCAGCGUCCCCACCGAUGAGUCCGCCAUCACCCAAAUGUGUGAAGUCACAGGAGGCCGAUCCUACUGUGUCCGAACACAAAGAAUGCUGAACCAGUGUCUGGAGUCUCUCGUCCAAAAAGUCCAAAGUGGCGUUGUUAUUAAUUUUGAGAAAAGUGGGCCAGAUCCACCUCUUAUAGGGGAAGACAACUCUGUGGAGUCAAGCCGCUCCGUGUCAUCCUUCAAUCAACAGCUGUGGCACAGUUGCCACAAACUCAUCUAUGUGCGCCCCAACCCGAAAACAGGGGUGCCAGUUGGACAUUGGCCCAUACCAGAGUCUUUCUGGCCGGACCAGAACUCUCCGACACUACCCCCUCGCACUGCCCAUCCUGUGGUGCGUUUCUCCUGCGUAGACUGCGAGCCAAUGGUGAUAGACAAGCUUCCAUUUGACAAAUACGAACUGGAGCCCUCGCCUCUCACCCAAUACAUUUUGGAAAGGAAGUCUCCGCACAUGUGCUGGCAGGUGUUUGUUAGCAGCAGCGGGAAGCAAAGCGAUCUGGGCCAGCCUUUUGGUUACCUUAAAGCCAGUACCACGCUCACUUGUGUCAACCUCUUUGUCAUGCCUUAUAACUACCCAGUGCUCCUUCCACUCCUUGAUGACUUGUUCAAAGUGCACAAACUAAAACCGAACCUCAAGUGGCGACAAGGCUUGGAGAUGUACCUUAAAACGAUGCCUCCGUACUAUCUUUUGCCUCUAAAAAAGGCCUUGAGGAUGAUGGGGGCACCAAAUUUAAUUGGCGACAACAUGGACUGUGGUCUGAGUUACAGCGUCAUCUCUUAUCUGAAGAAGCUCAGCCAGCAGGCUAAAAUAGAGUCUGAGCGCUUAAUUGUGUCUGUGGGCAAGAAGGCGCCCCAGGAAACGGGCAUGAGGGUGAAGAACCACUCCAGCUCAUUGUCUCUGGCCCAGCGGCGUGAUUUUAAGCAACUACUCCACGGAAUCACAGGGGAGGGUCCGCUUCGCAUGGUGGAUAGCAACUUCAAGGAGUUUUCCGGCUUUCAGAUCGCCCUGCUCAACAAGGAUGUGAAGCCUCAAGCUUAUAGAAAUGCCUACGACAUCCCAAGAUGGAAUCUUCUGGAUCAGCUCACCCGAAUGCGCUCUAACUUACUGCGGACUUCACAAAAACUCGUCAGAGGGCAGGAUGAAGAUUACCUGCACAGUAUCCCAGUGGCUCAGAUGGGAAACUACCAGGAGUACCUGAAGAUGAUGCCGUCUCCUCUGAGAGAAAUCGACCCCGAUCAGCCGAAACGAUUACACACCUUUGGGAAUCCUUUCAAGCAGGAUAAGAAGGGCAUGAUGAUCGAUGAGGCCGACGAGUUUGUCUUGGGCCCUCAAAACAAAAAAAGGGCAAAUUCCAACGACUCAAAUGCGGGUGCCACUCUGAAAAGAAGGCGGAGCAUGUCGCCGUUACUCCGGCGGCCCCAGACACCGCCGGUCGGCACUAACCACGUUCUGAUCGGAAAGAGUCCACCCGGGGCUCAAGGGCAACAGAAUCUCCUGAAAGUCGUCCCGCAGCACAAAGGGCUGGUGGUCACUGAGAGCAACGGUGACGGCGUUCUUGGUCCUGAGUCGGGGGAAAAUUGGCCCGGUGAGGCGGACCCUGUGGUGGGUUCCCAAGCUCCUCUCAGCUUGCAGGGAAAAGCCACGCCAGAAGCUGUGGAUAGGAGGGAGGAGACCAUCAUGGCUGAGGAGAAGCCAGCGGUUAGAGAUGGUCUGGAGGAGCAUUCGCCAGAGGACCGAUACAACUGUGAGCGACUGAGUCCGCAGAGCCAGUUGGAGAGCUCGGAUACUGAGCCCGCAGUGCUGGAGACCAUCUUCAUACCGCCACUAGAUGGCAGCCAAGCAGAACUGCGGACGCGGGUCAUCAAGGAGGUCCGCAAACCUGGUCGAAACUUUGUGGCGAUAUUAGAACUACUGCAGCAGGUAAAAGGACCGGUCAACGUCCAGCGCUACUUUAUCCAACAUGCCAUUAAAGAGGCCUACCGGUUCAAGAAGCGGAUGUUGAUCCAGCAGUUGGAGUUUACGCUUGCCGAGCUGGACGAAAAGCACGGGACAGCGUCGCAACUUCCCAGUGAUCCCGUCAGUUAAGGAACAUCGGUUGAGCUGUGUGUCGUGACGUAUAAUACGACGAGAGCGGCCAAAAAUAAGACAAGCCACGGACAAAGACGCUUCUGUGCGAGGGGUCCACACGCGCUUACGUCACAUCCCGUCACGGGCUGAGGGGGAGGCUUAUCUGCACGAUACAUUCGUUGGGGAUAAAUAGGUACUUUAUGAAUAUAAUCCUUCGCAUACUGACCGAUGAUGUCCGCAAUCAUUCAGUAGACAAACACUCCACCAUGCGGACAUUAAGCCAUAAAAAAUCCUGAAAUGGCAGCACAGAUGUUUUCUUCAGCUGGUCUGAAACGUGUUCCCGAGGCUUAAACCACUGUUUGAAAAACGACGACAUGUGCGACCUCCCAUUUGUACGCCCACAACUGUUCUCUUUUCACCGCCGUUACUGAGACGUUUGUAUCAUCCGUCAUCCAAUGAUGUGAAAGCAAUAUACACCGGAGGUACCCUUGAGGUUGGCAUUAUUGCGCCCUUAAAUUUGAAUACCGUUUAUUGCACAAUUAGAAUGUUUUAUAAAAUGAAAGACCUCUCAGCAUCCAAAUAUGUAUUGUGUGACCUUUGGGCACAAAGACUCCUGUUUAAUAUCUUGGUGCACCUUCAUGUGUUGUUUGGACUACUUUAGGGACACCUUGUGGUACAGAUGACUUGAGCUCACGCUGGAGGUUUUAAUGAGUUUUUCGUCGGCCAGGUUUUUAAACAGUCAUUCUUAGUCGUGGCUUUUCAAAUGCACUUACUAAACAGCCCGUGGUAAUCUGAUAUCUUUCAGUGCCAGAGAAACCCAAAAGACCUCACAAAAGAAUCCACCGUCAUAAACGAAGGGUGCAGUUGUUUUUACCCGCUCGUUUCGUGUUCGAGUUGCCGAGAAACAAAAUCAGAACUCAAAGGCAUUUAGUUUGGACUUACCAAUUGUUUUGCUAAUGUAAUAUUGCACCAACGAAAUCAGGUAGUAGCAUUUUUUUUUUUCACGUGGAAAUUUUAUGAGCAAAUACUUUUUUGAAGACUUUUUAGGCUGUGAAACGCAUCAGUUUCAGACAAAGGAUAAAAUCUGCAAACUACAUUUUAUAUUUAUUUUCAUUUUACAUUCUGAGAACAUGUUGACUGUGAGGAACUUCCGUUUAUGUGACAAGAUUACCGUAAUUCCCGGCCUACAGAGCGCACCUGGUUAUAAGCCUCACCGAGUACGUUUUUAAAGGAAAUACCAUUUGGUACAUACUUAUGCCGUAGCUGUGUAAAAGCUGCAAGUGAAAACAUUGAAACCCACAUUGAAACACGAGAUAUUUACAAAGAAAGACUCUACACAGAAAGAGUUUAACGCUAGCGCUAACGCCGCGCUAGCGAUUACAGGGCCGGUUAAAAUAAAACUUACCAGUAAACAUCACUGAGACACAUCAUUAACACAGCAGCAACACGCUAGCAAAGCGCUAACGCUAGUGCAGCGCGAACACGGCCGAUAAAAGUGAUUUCCCCGGCACGUAUAUUCCACCGGUCUCAUUCUUACCCUUUCCGCUCGAGUGCCCCCUUGUGGGCGUUAGGAAAAAAUGCACAAAUCAGCCGCAUCACAGCAUAAAUCGCAGGGUUGAAAGCGUGUGAAAAAAGUCGUGGCUUGUAGGCCAGAAAUUGCGGUACUUCUUGGAGCCACAAUCAAAUUAUAUGUGCAUGUUAACGCUAGUGCCAAUGCUAGCGCUAACAGGGCCGGUUAAAAUAAAACUUACCGGUAAAUACCACUGAGAGUUGCCAGUAACACAGUAGCAACACGCUAGCACAGCGCUAACAGGACCGGUAAAAGUCACUUCCUCGAGGCUCGAGUGCCCCCUUGUGGGCGUUAAAAAAAUGCACAAAUUAGCCAUAUCACCGCAUAAACCGCAGGGUUGAAAGUGAGUGGAAAAAAGUUGCGGCUUGUAGGCCGGAAACUUCGGUAGUUAAUUUGCAAUUAUUUUUAUUAGGUGUUUUUUUUUCACAUUUAGAUGCUCAAACGUUCAGCAAGCGUCAACCAUCUGGGCGUGACAAAAGUCAUCUUGAGCUGAUUAAAAAGUCUCCACGGGUUUUUUUUUUUUUUUUUUUUCCCUAAAUUGGGAUUAGUACUAACGUGCUUCUAAAACUACAUGCAACAAUGUUUUUGGUGACACAAGUGCUCUAGAGUGGCAAUGAAAAAUUGUUUGAGGAUGUACUGCAUCUUGACAAAAUGCAGAGAGGUCAGGCAACAAAACGUUUUCCUUCUUGUGUGCAAUCUGUCCAUGUCCGUUGCAAAACACGGGCGAUUUCCAACGUCACUCUAAGGGAGAUUAAGCAGAUUGGAAGUCGUUUCCAGGAAACGGACCAUCACCAUAACCACUGACCUGAAAAAUCACAUCUCUCGUUUUAAGUCCCUAAAAGUAGGCCAAGCUACGAGCGCACGCUUCUUGCCACAUCAGCGGGGACUCCGUUGACUUGGCAGUGUGACAUUUUCAUUUGAAGGAAUUUGUGCGUCGUUCAGUUCCCGCUCAGUGAUGGGGUGAAUCAGCACCCUUGUGAGGAUGAGCGGCUAACAAAAUAGAAGGAUGGAUGGAUGGAUGGAAUUUGUGCAUCUGUGUGGCCUCCACCGGCAGUUAAAUCUGCUGCGAUGAUGAUGAUGUAAUGACCCCCCCGUCUUUCCCUCCUUUGUUUUCACGACCAAUGUACACUACUGUUCCAUGUUCAUAAGACUGAUUAUUUUUGUGAAUUUGUUCAUUUCAGAGGAAGACAAAUAUUUUGAAAGCCAAUUUUGUAAACUUAGAGUUUUAUUGAAUUUUUGUACAAAACAAAUAAAACCACCUUUAAAAUGGCCCCUGCUGUUUCAAAAGUGUCUACCUAGC